AUGGCAACUCAAUGGGGAGCUCAGGAGCCAACGCCUGCACCCGCGCCUGAGACUAAUGGGAGUGCCAAACCCCCUCAGAUCAAAAUCCAAUCCGCACCGUCGACCCACGAAUCUAUUCCUCCUGCCGGCCAAAUGCUGACGGGCAAGCAAGAGCAUUACCUCAAGCGGGAACUCAUCGCAAGCCAAGUCCAUGACGAGAUUCAAGAACUCAGCAGUCCUACGGCCCUUCAGCGCUUUGGCGCACCUUUUCGUUCAGAAUAUGGCGAAGUGUCGCCCGUGGACUCAGAACUACCAAUCUUACGAUACAUCUUUGUCAAUCAUGUUCGCAAGUUCCCCUUCCUCAACCAAGCCAAGGAGAAGGAGUUCUGGCAAGACAAACUGCAGAUGUUUCUUGAGUCCUUUUCAAGCAAGUAUAUCUCUUCAUCAGAAGACCGGCUCGAAGAGACGAAGAGAAAAAAGCUGGCGAAAAAGUCCGAAAAACUGGUCGAGCUGAUGAUGGUCUCGGGUAUUCCUACAGCCUCUGGUUAUGAAGAAAGAAUACGUUUCGCAGAGAUGGAGGUGGUAGACCGAGGAGCUAAUGAGCAAGGCCUCAUUGCCAAUCAGCCCGAGGGCAACUACAUCAAUGGUUGGGAUGUCAACGUGGCUGGUGUCAGGAUCGCGUCUGUGAAGAGAAAUCUUCGUUACCAUCAACAUGCAGAAUUCUUGAUCCGUGUCAAACGAGCCAACGAACCAGAAAGAUAUGUGGGAAGGAGGUAUGGUGACUUUGCCAAAAUGCACAAGAGGUUACGAACAGAGAUGCCUGGAAAAGUGCUGCCGCCGUUACCACGGAAGAACAAGAGCUCCACCAUUUCGUCGAUGAUGCCUGGUGGCGGCGACGACGAUGACGCCUCGUCUGUCUCCUCCGCCUCGACGCAGGCCUCCGCUGCAGAUGAAGGUAGCAGAAGCUUUACACCCUCACAUCGACGUUUCAAGUCCGGCAACUCAUUGACCGCCAGCAUCAGUUCUAUGACAUUCGGUAGAUCACCAAGGAAUAGCUUGUCGAGGGAACCCAGCCCCAGUCAACAACCCGUUCGGCUUCACCGUGAAGAUCAGCGAGUUUCUCUCAGGGCGUUUUUGCGAACGAUUCUGCAGAAUCCCCAGGUUGCCGAAGCCAGAGCUGUGGCCGACUUCUUCACCCUGCAGCCGAUGAAUCUCAACGAGGAAGAAAUGGAUGAUAUUGCACGACGCAAAGAGAUGGAUGCGAGACGGCUGGACGAACAAAGACAAUUCUACGAGAUUGCCAGACAACGUGCAGCGGAGCUUGACACUUAUAUGGAGAAGUUCCGGAGGGAUAUUGUAGAGAGCAAUGGCCUAACGAAGCUCUUCGCCGAGAUUCGCACCAAAGAGAAACUCGAAGAUCUGAGCCCGGAAUACAAAAAGUUUGCGGAGUGGUUAAGAAUCGAAGUGGCAGCCACAAUUUACCACUUGUUCCUGGCCGAGGACAACUCUCCCGAACUAUUUGCGCAAGCGAAACGGAUACAUUCGCUGGUGCCAUACUCGGUGAUGAAGAACGUCAUCCGAAUCGCCAACCCUGCUGCUGUCAUGUCUGGAGUCUUGGAUUUGUUUUUGGCACAACCAUUUGGGGCAAGAUCCUUGCUGCAACGCAUAUUUGCGCAAACACUUUCGGAUGGUAUAAGACAGUUUCAGAAAUCCAUUGAUGAUCUGUCUGGAAAAAUUGCAGAUCCUAUACUGAUAAGCAAGCUCAAAGCAUUUGUGGAUAGUCCAGAAGAGAUCAAGAAUGUCGUGCGCAGCGAAGCUCAGAACGAAAGCAUCGACCUAGUGGUCGCCAUUCUUCGGUCGGACCAAUUCAAGCCAGAGCUAACAGCACCGCAAAUCCAACGAGUGUUCAACGCCUGGGUGGCUUGGAACAGUGCAGUGGAAAAUGAAGACGAGGAACUCAAGCAAGGUGCCGAGCUUUUCUCGCAGCUUAAGCAAAUGGUCAAGUUGAUGACUCGCCAACGCGACAAAGCCAUGAUGGCGCUCAUGAUUGAGGAGCCCACGACUCUGCAACUCUUCCGAGACCUGUUCACCAUUUUUUAUGAGCCUCUGAUACGGGUAUACAAAUCGGCCAACGUAUACAAUAGUAUCACGGAUUUUGCACGUUUUGCAGAUGACGUUGUCAAGACGGUGGAAGUUGCGCAGCGUCAAGAUGUGUCCGCCGAUCCCAACCAGACGGUGCAAAGUUUCAUCGACUUGUGUGCCCGGCAUGAACACAACCUGUACAAGUUUAUUCACGAAGUACACUGCCACGAUAAUGGCCUCUUUACUGCAUUGAUGGGAUGGAUAGAGGGAAUUCUAGAAUUUUUGAGAAAGGGGCCCAAAGGCGGAAAAUUAGAUAUGAACGCAAUCUUUCAGGGCGCCUUGGAUGUGAAUAUGGUGGACAAGGACACAUGCAUUACAGAGAUCAACGCUCUGAUCAAGUGGCAGCAAGCUCGGAAGAAAUGGCACAAUGACAAGACGAGGCAGAAAAUGGCGGCCGAGGGCACUGAUCCGAUCGAAGGGCCUCCUGGCAUGGCGGCGUUCAAGAGCAGCGAUUUCGGAUUGCACGAGGCUGAUCUGAUGGACCUCAAAAUCUCGGACGAAGAGGACGAUGAAGACAGUGAAGAUGAGGAGGCCGAAGACGACUUGGAUCCGAUUGCCGCUGAGCGACGACGAAGGAAGAAGGCCCAGGACCGACUCAGACGCAGUGCUGGGGAACCGGUCAAGCCUGAGGUCAGCGAAGUGUUGAAGUUGCAAGAGCCAUUCCUUGCGAUGUUGAGAGCGGUCCUGAGCGACUAG